GGCACAGGGAUGCUCGCGCUGGGAGCGCAGAACUCCGCGGAUCGCUCAUACCCGACCCUUCGGAACUGAGCGAGCUCGCCUGCCCCUGCCCAAGCUCCUCGGAGUCCCAUCCAGCCAUGGCCCCCGGAGAGAAGAUCAAAGCCAAGAUCAAGAAGAAUCUGCCCGUAACGGGGCCUCAGGCGCCAACCAUUAAAGAGCUGAUGCGGUGGUACUGCCUCAACACCAACACGCACGGCUGCCGGCGCAUCGUGGUGUCCCGCGGCCGCCUCCGCCGCCUCCUCUGGAUUCUGUUCACGCUGACAGCCGUGGCCCUCAUUCUCUGGCAGUGCGCCCUCCUCGUCCUCUCCUUCUACACCGUCUCAGUCUCCAUCAAAGUCCACUUCCAGAAGCUGGAUUUUCCAGCUGUCACCAUCUGCAACAUCAACCCUUACAAGUACAGUGUAGUGAAGGAUCUUCUAGCUGACUUGGACCAGGAGACCAGAAGGGCCUUGAAGACCCUAUAUGGCUUUUCAGAGAUUAACUCUCGGAAACGACGAGAAGCAGAGUCCUGGAGUUCAACCUGGGAGGGCCCGCAGCCCAAGUUCCUCAACCUGAUCCCACUGCUGUCCUUCAAGCAGGGUGAGAUAGGCAAGGAAGCCAGAGAUUUCCUCACAGGGCGGAAACGGAAGGUCAGCGGGCGCAUCAUCCACAAGGCUGCAGAUGUCAUACAUGUCCACGAGUCCAAGCAGGUGGUGGGAUUCCAACUGUGUCCAAAUGACACGUCCGACUGUGCCGUCUACACCUUCAGCUCGGGGAUCAAUGCCAUUCAGGAGUGGUACAAGCUGCACUACAUGAACAUCAUGGCACAGGUGCCUCGGGAGAAGAAAAUCAACAUGAGUUAUUCUGCUGAGGAGCUGCUAGUUACCUGCUUCUUUGAUGGGGUGUCUUGCGAUGCCAGGAACUUCACACUUUUCCACCAUCCAAUGUACGGGAAUUGCUAUACAUUCAACAACAAAAAAAAUGAGACUGUCCUCAGCACUUCCAUGGGGGGCAGCGAAUAUGGACUGCAGGUCAUCCUGUACAUAAAUGAAGAGGAAUAUAACCCCUUCCUGGUGUCCUCCAGUGGGGCCAAGGUGAUUGUCCAUCGUCAGGAUGAAUAUCCAUUCAUCGAGGAUGUGGGAACGGAGAUUGAGACAGCGAUGGCCACUUCCAUAGGAAUGCACCUGACGGAGUCCUUCAAACUGAGCGAGCCCUACAGCGAGUGCACGGAGGACGGGAGCGACGUGCCCGUGGAGAACAUCUACAACGCCCCCGUCGAGAGCAACUACGAGGCCGCCUCCUCCCAACACCUCCAGUCUGCCUACUCCCUCCAGAUCUGCCUUCACUCGUGCUUCCAAUUAAAGAUGGUGGAGAAAUGUGGGUGCGCCCAGUACAGCCAGCCUCUACCUCAGGCUGCCAAUUAUUGCAACUACCAGCAGCACCCCAACUGGAUGUAUUGCUACUACCAACUACACCAGGCCUUUGUCCGGGAAGAGCUGGGCUGCCAGUCAGUGUGCCGGGAAUCCUGCAGCUUUAAGGAGUGGACGCUGACAACCAGCCUGGCACAGUGGCCAUCUGCGGUUUCCGAGAAGUGGUUGCUGCCCAUUCUCACUUGGGACCAAGGCCAGGAAGUAAACAAAAAGCUCAACAAGACAGACUUGGCCAAACUCUUGAUAUUCUACAAAGACCUGAACCAAAGAUCCAUCUUGGAGAGCCCAGCCAACAGUAUUGAGACCCUUCUGUCCAACUUUGGUGGCCAGCUAGGCCUGUGGAUGAGCUGCUCUGUCGUCUGCGUCAUUGAGAUCAUCGAGGUCUUCUUCAUCGACUCCCUUUCGAUCAUUGCCCGCCGCCAGUGGCAGAAAGCCAAGGAGUGGUGGGCCCGGAGGCAGGCACACCGCUGCCCUGAGGCUCCCCCCGUUCCCCAGGGCCAGGACAAUCCAGCCCUUGAUAUAGAUGAUGACUUGCCCACUUUUACCUCUGCUUUGCGCCUGCCUUCGGCCCCAGGGGCCCAGGUACCCGGCACCCCGCCCCCCAGAUACAACACCCUGCGCCUGGAGAGGGCCUUCUCUGACCAGCUCACAGACACUCAGACACUGGACGAGUCCUGAGUCAGAGAUGGAAAAAAUCCAGUUGGGACUACCAGCCAUGGUCUGAGGACUUAGACCUCAUCCCCUGGACUUAGAGGGGAUCCUCUGCCUCCACUCCAGGCUGUUCAGAGACACUGGCCAAAAGCCUCCUUUGAAAACAAGAUGGGGCCUGGGCAUGUGCAGGUGCAUCCGUUGGACGCUGCCCAGGGACACUCACCGCACCCUGGAUGAGUUCUCUCCUGAGACCCAAACUCUCAGCGCAUGUGGAGAGAGAUUGCAGGCUGAGAAAACAAUGCCGGCCUGGGGCAAAGGCCAGAAGUGAGGCCCAGUGGAGCUCUUCCCCGGGUCUUGAGAGAAAAGGACUCCAGCAGCACCCUAAGCCAAGGUUUCACCCAUUCUUAGCCUUGGCUGGGGCCCAAGUCUGUGACCUUGGGUAUCCAGGCUGGACAGCCCAUGCCUGGUGCCAGACGGGAGGAAGAACCAGCCCUAGAACUGGGGCUGUUUGUGAAUAAACUGCUCUUAGUCAUAGACACUGGAAUGAGGUCUUCUGUGUGCCCUGUCCCUCCUCUGGGCAGGGAGCUGACCCAAGGCCUUGGAUUAUGUUGUGUGGAUGGGGUGGAGCGGGGGAGAUCUGGUGGUGUGACUGGAUAGCCUCACUCUGGGGAUGGGGUGGGGCCAUGCGCUCGGCAGCUAACACUGUGCCCUGGGCCCCUUACCCGAGCAGGGAAGGCCAGAGACCAGUUAAAGGGCAGAGCUGGACACUCCUGUCCCACGGUGGUCCCUUCACCCCACCCUCAGCUGCUCUUUCUAGUAACCAGCCUCAGCACCAGUUGUCCCAUUGCUCCAAGGCAGACCACCCCUGACACCACUGGCCUACCCCUUGCCAACAAGCCAGCCAUUGCAAACAGCCCCUUUCAUUCCAUAUCCUUAUCUUCUGGUGCAACAAUAGUUGACAUGUAUUAGCUUGAUGUCAGCACAAGAACAGUAGCUGAGCACUGUUCUCGGCACUUCCAUGGAUUAAAUAGCACAGGGGGUGGCAUAAAGCAGGGUCAGGG